GCGCGCGGGGCUCUGUCCGGGCGGGGACGGUGACUCUGGUUCCGAGGGGAUGGGGCCGACGUGGCUGGUGCUGGGAGGCGGGGCCGAGAGGCCAGCCGGGGAGUCCCGAGCGGAGCCGCAGCUGGAUGGCAGGGACAGCCCGGAGCGCGCCGCCGCACGAGAUUGGCCGGCCAGGCUGAAACUGCUCAGCGAUGAGAGGGAAAAGGUUUCUGCUACAUGGGAUGCUUGCCUUGUUUCUGCUCAGCAUCCCCUGUGAAGCCCAGGAGCUCCAAGUGGACAAGGCCACCACUGGUUCCAGUCCUCUGUGUGAGAAAGAGGCCAACUCCUGGGGAACUCUGUUCAGUGGGGAGCGACUGGAUGCUUGGAUCUUUCCUCUGAUUGGCUCAGUUAUGGUGGGGCUGAGUGGAGUCUUCCCCCUGCUGGUAGUUCCCCUUGAGACAGGAGCUGCUCUGCGAUCAGAAGUGGGAUCGAAUCGUUUGAAGCAGCUGUUGAGUUUUGCAAUUGGUGGGCUUCUGGGGAACGUAUUUCUCCACCUCCUCCCUGAGGCUUGGGCCUACACCUGCAGCGCCACUGCAGGAGGUGGGCAGAGUUUGCAGCAGCAGAAGCUUCUUGGCCUCUGGGUGAUCAUUGGUUUCCUGACCUUCCUGGCAUUGGAGAAGAUGUUCCUAGAGAGCGAGAAGCAAGAAUGGCCUAGCGUGGGCAAUAAUUCCAAAGCACCUUCCGGAGGGAUUCCAAAUGGAAACAGCUUUUCCCUGCAGAAAGUAGCAGGCACAGUCCAAAGAGCAGAGACAAACAUCGCUCAGUGUAAUGGCUCCUCUCUCUCGUCUUGCCCACCAGACCGAAGAAUCAAGAUCAGUGGAUACCUUAACCUGUUGGCCAAUACCAUUGAUAACUUCACACAUGGCCUGGCGGUGGCAGCCAGCUUCCUGGUUAGCAGAAAGGUGGGGCUUCUAACCACCAUGGCAAUCCUACUGCACGAAAUCCCACAUGAGGUAGGAGACUUUGCCAUCCUGCUCCGGGCUGGGUUUGACCGCUGGAGUGCAGCCAAGAUGCAGCUUUCCACAGCUCUGGGUGGAAUUCUAGGAACCUGCUUUGCAAUCUGUUCUCAGUCACCUAAAGAGACAGGGGAAACUGUAGCUUGGAUUCUUCCAUUCACCUCUGGGGGGUUCCUGUACAUCGCCUUGGUAAACGUUGUGCCUGAUCUCCUAGAGGAGAAGAAUCCCUGGCAACUCAAGGAUUGCCCAGAAAAGGGUUAAACUUCUCUGUCAGGCCUAGCAAACUGCUGAGUUUCUCCUGGAUGCAAUUUUGCAGAGACAAAGUCUGAACAACUGGCUUUGAACAGUGAUAAAGCUGCAGCUGGAGGAAUAAGUCCCAUGAAACAGCCAGGAUCAGAAGAGAUUUUGUGCCUCUGGAGAAGCUGUAUUUAAUAACUUGACUCAGUUUUAGCCUACUUCUCAUUGCAUACAAUCAAAGGGCUUUUUCUGCUAUUUAGGCCUUGUUCCACAUUAAAGUGGUAAAGGUGGUGAGGAAGAAUCAUAAAUGAAUGUCUGCAACUGCAGCUGUCCAUAUUUUGUUGACUUAAAAAAUCAUGAUGCUUUGUUUCUUAACUUUCUGAGUAUUCUCAGUGUAGCUUUUCACCAUUGGGGUGCCCUGUGUGCUCCCCAGAAGUGUGUAACCUUCUGGGAAGUUUUGACUGUUGGCGAAGGGAACAUCCAUCUUUUCUUUGAGACUUAGAACAUUCCAGAUUAGGCUGUGUUGGGUGUGUGGAUGCUGCACACCCUCACUUCCUUACAGCCUGCAAAACAGCAAGUCAGAUCUACCUCUACAUCCACUUUAGUCAGCUGGCCAUUGCUUUUCCCUAGUUAGGGUUUUUCUCGUGAUUGUUUUCUUAGCUCUGGCUCUGUAGUGUACAGUAACUUCUCAUUAACGUCCUCCCACUUAACGUUGUUUUGAAGUUACAUUGCUGCUCCAUUAGGGAACAUACUUGUUUAAAGUUGUGCAGUGCUCCCUUAUAACGUCAUUUAACUUUACAAGGGCGCAUUGCACAAGUUCCUCUUCUCUGCCCCCUUCCCCUCUCUUUCUCUCUCCCUCCCUCCCAGGGCUUCCCCCACCUGUUUGGCAGCACUUAGGACUUUCUGGGAGGGAGCAAGCAAGCAAGCGGGGAAGCUCCCCCCUCCCUCCCCCCCCAGCAGGCAGGGCCACCCUUAAAAGCGCUGCUUCUCUCCAACUGGCUUUGAAGGGGAAAGUGCCGUUUCUCUCUGGCCACUGGCUGCGCGGCUGCCCCUGCUCCUGAGUCCUCUGGCCCGUCCUUGCAGGGCCACAUUCCGAAAGGGGCGUUAGAGCUGGAGGCCAGGGCCCUGUGGCUCCCUUAGCCCAGGGCCCUGCAGCCCCUAAAGCCCCUGCGUUCUGGGUGGCCCUGCCUGCCCUGGGGGGGAAGCUCCCAGAAUUGUGGCCAUGGGGGCAGUGCUGUGCUGCGCAGAGCCACCUGCACACCCCCUGCACCAAACAGGAGCUGCCCCAGGUAAGUGCUCUGCACCUCCUGCCUGCCCCAGCCCUGAACCUCCCACACCCUAACUCCCUCCCAGACCCUGCACCCCCAGCCCUGAGCCCCAGGGGUAAACCGGGGCAACUCCCCCCCACUGCACAGUACAGUAUAUAAUGCCUUUUGUCUGCCCCCCCAAAAUUUCCUUGGAACCUAACCCCCUGCAUUUACAUUAAAGCUUAUGGGAAAAUUGGAUUAGUUUAACAUCCUUUCACCUAAAGUUGCAUUUUUCAGGAACAUACCUACAACGUUAAGUGAGGAGUUACUGUAAUAUAGAUUUAGGGGAAAUUCUCCCUGUACUCCCCUUCCCCACCCCAAUCUUAUCUACUAAAUAUGGCAGAAUCUGAAAAAAGGAUGGGGUUCAAAGAAUGACUCACUGGAGGCUCCAAUUUUCUCAUUUCCUACCAAAGCUAGGUUUGUGUAAAGUGAGCAACUCCAUCCCAAGAGUGUAGAUUUGUACUGUGACUCUCCUUAAGAACUCAAGUUACUGAUUAGUAACACUUUCCUAGUGAAUUUUCUCAUUUCUCCCUCCUUAAAGACUAUAGAAUUCAGUUGAAAGUAAUGAGCUGAAAUGUUACUUUAAAAGCUUGUGUUGCUUUCAGUUUUGAACAGUUCUGUUCUUAUUACAGAUACAAUGGGCUUUUACAAGUCAUCACGGAUGAAGUGAGGUAGGGUAGGGGCACUACACAAAAAUGAGGAAGCUAGUUAAAUGGAGAGUAAAAUGAACAGUCACCAGCACGAAAUGCCUGCCAGCAGCAUGGAAACUAUUUAAAAACACCGUAAAAGAGGUGCAAAUUAAAUGUUUACCCCUACAUUAAAAAAUAUAGUAAGAGGACUGAAACAAUGCUGCAAUGGCUAAACAACAGAGUACAGUAACUCUUCACUUAACAUCCUCUGGCUUAACAUUGUUUCAAAGUUACGUUACUGCUCAAUUAGGGAACAUACUCAUUUAAAGUUGUGCAGUGCUCCCUUAUAAUGUAGUUUGGUUGACUGCUCUGUCCACUGCUUGUAAGAUUCUGUGGAAGAGCAGCGACUUUACAAGGGAGCAUUGCACAAGUUCCUCUUCUCUGUCUCCUCCCCCUCCCUCCCAGUGCUUAGGACUUUCACUUAGGACUUUCUGGGAGGGAGGGGGAAGCACUGCAUCUCUGCUCCUCCCCAGCCCUCCCAGAAAGUCCUAAGCAUGAAGCGCUGGGAGGGAGGGGGAGGAGAGGGGAA